AUUAAUAGACUACUACCAGUGGCAACUGGGGUGAAUAAUUGCUUUUUGCUUGCGUGGCGAGGGCGGAACGUAUGACGUUUUCAGCCGAAGCUUGGAGGUGUUAUUUGUUCCUUCCCUUCGAAGAGAGAAAGGAGGCUAGAAAGGCGAAGCUUUAACGAUUACCUAGACGUUUACAAAGACCAUUUUCAUACGGUUUCAAUUACACAAAACAACGGCAGAGGAAGGUUGACACAGGACCCAGUGGCCAUGGCAUAUGCAUACCUUUUCAAAUACAUCAUUAUCGGAGACACAGGUGUGGGGAAAUCAUGCCUAUUAUUACAGUUCACAGACAAGCGGUUUCAGCCGGUACACGACCUCACUAUCGGUGUGGAGUUUGGGGCGCGGAUGAUCACCAUAGAUGGUAAACAGAUCAAGCUGCAGAUCUGGGACACGGCCGGCCAAGAGUCCUUCCGCUCCAUCACCCGGUCUUACUACAGAGGGGCAGCUGGCGCCCUGCUCGUGUAUGACAUCACAAGAAGGGACACCUUCAACCACUUGACAACCUGGUUAGAGGACGCUCGCCAACAUUCCAACUCCAACAUGGUCAUCAUGCUCAUUGGGAACAAGAGUGACCUGGAGUCCAGGAGAGAGGUAAAGAAGGAGGAGGGAGAGGCCUUUGCCAGAGAGCACGGCCUUAUCUUCAUGGAGACCUCCGCCAAGACCGCAUCCAACGUAGAAGAGGCAUUCAUCAACACAGCGAAGGAGAUCUACGAGAAGAUCCAGGAGGGUGUCUUCGACAUCAACAAUGAGGCUAACGGCAUUAAGAUUGGGCCCCAGCACGCUGCCACCAACUCCACACUCUCCGGUAGCCAGGGGGGCCAACAGGCUGGAGGGGGAUGCUGCUGAACACCCUGCCCCUCUGUCUCAUACCCCCCUCCCCCAACCACCCAUCCUGCCCCUCGCGUUUCUUCUGGACUGGUCGGGCUCACUAACAUUUUCUUAACCCCUCCCUCCACACAGCCUUGCCACAGGAGAGUCUAAUUGUAUACUCCAUGACUGUCAGUCAAAAUAUACCAAGCAAAACACGUUAAAGUACCCCCGGUCCUGGGGCAAAAAUGCUUGUCCUGCAUCGGAGCAUUGGAGCCUGUCUGGGUUGAAAAAUGGUAGGGUUUACUGUUACUAUUGUGGCAAAACAGACAGGAUGCUUUAGGAUAGGGACUCAUAUCCAUCUGUACAUCAAACAGGCAGGAUGUUUUAGGAUAGGGACUCAUAUCUAUCUGUACAUCAAACAGGCAGGAUGCUUUAGGAUAGGGACUCAUAUCCAUCUGUACAUCAAACAGGCAGGAUGCUUUAGGAUAGGGACUCAUAUCUAUCUGUACAUCAAACAGGCAGGAUGCUUUAGGAUAGGGAUUCAUAUCUAUCUGUACAUCAAACAGGCAGGAUGCUUUAGGAUAGGGAUUCAUAUCUAUCUGUACAUCACAGACAGGAUGCUUUAGGAUAGGGACUCAUAUCUAUCUGUACAUCACAGACAGGAUGCUUUAGGAUAGGGACUCAUAUCCAUCUGUACAUCACAGACAGGAUGCUUUAGGAUAGGGACUCAUCUAUCUGUACAUCAAACAGACAGGAUGCUUUAGGAUAGGGACUCAUAUCCAUCUGUACAUCACAGACAGGAUGCUUUAGGAUAGGGACUCAUCUAUCUGUACAUCAAACAGACAGGAUGCUUUAGGAUAGGGACUCAUAUCCAUCUGUACAUCAAACAGGCAGGAUGCUUUAGGAUAGGGACUCAUAUCUAUCUGUACAUCAAACAGACAGGAUGCUUUAGGAUAGGGACUCAUAUCCAUCUGUACAUCAAACAGGCAGGAUGCUUUAGGAUAGGGACUCCUAUCUAUCUGUACAUCACAGACAGGAUGCUUUAGGAUAGGGACUCAUAUCUAUCUGUACAUCAAACAGGCAGGAUGCUUUAGGAUAGGGACUCAUAUCCAUCUGUACAUCAAACAGGCAGGAUGCUUUAGGAUAGGGACUCAUAUCUAUCUGUACAUCAAACAGGCAGGAUGCUUUAGGAUAGGGACUCAUAUCUAUCUGUACAUCUGUGAGCCAGUUGUGGAUCAUGUCUCUUUCAUUUUGUGACGUUUUGACUUAAAGCUGAAUUGUAUCGAACACUACAAGCUUGGUCAUCAAUUAGUAUUUUAAUUGGUUUCAUGUGGGAGAAAGAAAGCUUUGAAUGUGUGGAGAACACAGAAGUUUGAAAUAAAAGAGAAAAAGAACCGUAGAGUUGUCGAGCAGCGGCCAUGUCUGAAGUGAAGAAGCUAAAAGGAGAAAAAACAGGACUGUUUUAAUUCUGUAUUUAUCACUCACAUUCUGUGUGUGUGUAUAUAUAUAUAUAUAUAUAUAUAUAUAUAUAUAUAUAUAUAUAUAUAUAUAUAGUAAUCCUUUCUUGCUUUAGUGUAUGUUGACCGAGCUAGAAUUCUUUGAAUUUCCUGGAAAAAUCUAUACUGUAUGAAUAGAGCUUGAAACUGCAACAGUAUUGCUAAAAAACCUACUUUGACACCAUUUUAAGAUUUGACUUUGUUUGUCCCGCCAUCUGCCUUCCCCCUCCCCUCGCUAUCUCUCUGUGCCCUAGAUCUGCUAUGACUGUGUAUAGAAACUUUGGCUCAAUAUUCUGCAUCUUAUCUAUUUUAAUGCCAAAAUGUUGUGUUUACCUGUGUUCAAUAACCACAAACCCCAGAAUUUGAUCACCUCUACUCUGGAAAGGGAUCUCUGCUGUUUGCCUUAACGAAAAGAUUGGGACAGCAGAAAAACAAUAGAAAAACAUAAUCAGGUUGCGAAGGAAUCAUUCCACUAACUACAUAUGCAUAGUUUUAUACAUGCACAGUACAUACACAGCACCUUUUUUUUUUACAUUCAAACACGCAUUGCAUACAUUCAGACAUGCAUACUCUAAAUCACUGGUUCUCAAUCCUUGUCCUGGGGACCCAAAGGGGUGCACUUUUUAUUUUUGCACUACACGCCUGAUGAUGAGUUGAUCAUUUGACUCAGGUGUGUAGUGCUAUGGCAAAAACUAAACUACACUCCUUCGGAUCACCAGGACCAGGAUUGAGAACCACUGCUCUAAAUGUGUGUGUAUGUAUGUAUACACAUAUAUUAAGAAAGUACAUGCAUUCCUAAAUGCAUACAUGUGUACCUACAUGCGCACACACGAUUGUCUAUUUAUACAUACAAUAUCUGCAUGCAUACGUAGAUGCAUACAUAUUUUCUCUUCAGGAGUUUGUUUUCCAAGCAGCUCGCUGUGGAGCAUCAGUGCAGAGCAGCGUUGUCCUGUAGGUGUGUGAGUGGCUGUGUAAAGCCUUGCUUUCUUUGGCAGUGCGUUCUGUUAGUAGAUAUAAUGGUGACCAUCGCGUCUGUUGUAGGAGCGGUGCGGGAAAAGCCGAACCUGGAGUGUCUGUGACCCCCCCGACGUUUGCUGUGUUGGUUUUUCUUAAAAAUAAAAAAAAUGCUAUCACAAAUAAUACAAAAUUAUAAACUGAAAUAUAAAUUUAUCUGGAAGAAAUGUGCAAUGUUUAAACUUACAUUUUGUAAUUUCCUUUUUAGAGUUGAUGUUUUGCAUUUUGCAUCUCCCUAUAGUACUUUUCUGAGUGUCUGUGUUGGUAUAUGAAUGAAACAAUUAUAUAUGGAUCCAUACUGUAUUGUAUCUCUUGAUUUAUCAAAUGAUAAAGUGAAGCAUGUGUGUCCUCA